AACUCCAAAAAAUGGAGAAAAACUCAUUGCUGCUGUUGGUCAGGAACUGGAAAUUAAGCUGAAGGCUACAGCAACACAAUCAUGGGUAAAGAACUUUAUCAUCAGUGGACCUCUGAACAUCACAAAGUACAACACUAUCAGAGGAGCAGUUGGAGAAUCUCGAAUCAGGUGGACACCAACUAAAAAUGACUUUGGUGAUCAUGUUCCCAUUUGCUUCAUUGCAGAGAGUCAACAAGGGUCCAGAAUCUUUCACUCUGACAUGAGAUGCAUCAUUGUCAUUGUUAAACACAAAUCUGGCAAUGCCAGUGUGAUUUGUACGGAGACCACAAUGACAGUGGAAGUGGAGAAAGCCUCAAUAAUUGGACUUCAUGAAGAUCACCUGCGUCUCAAUGAUCCAUCCUGCACUCCCACCUCCAACCAAACCCAUGUGAUCGCCACCGUGUCCCUCGGCUCCUGUGGAACAGUACUGGAGGAGGACGCUGACAACCUGAUCUUCAAAAAUGAAAUUAUGUCGUUCGACAACGUUGGUGAUGUCAUUACCAGGAAACACCAGGUGGAGAUUGACUUCGUAUGCUGUUACCCCAAGAAGGGCCGUGUGUAUCUGGAUUUCCAGGCACACAAGAUUCCUUACGUGUUCACAGAAAAAGCAUUUGGAAAGUUCACCUACCAGUUUGAGUUCUUCCACAGUGAGCUGUUCAACACUGCAAUAGACACAGAUCACUACCCUGUAGAUGUGGCACUGAAAGACGUGCUCUACAUGCAAAUCAAAGCUACUUCCUCUGUUGCCAACACUGUGCUCUUCGUGGAGUCCUGCAGAGCAACCCCCGUUGAUGAUCCCGACUAUCACAUUUCCUAUGACAUAAUUUCAAAUGGCUGCAUAUUGGAUGGGACAGUGGUGGUCUAUCCAAGUAACUCCACGGAAUACAGAUUUGGAAUGGAGGCUUUCCAGUUCAUUGGACAACAUGAGCAGGUCUUCAUAUGCUGCUCAGUCAUCCUGUGUGUGGCAGGGGAGCCCGGCACCAGAUGUUCUCAGGGCUGCACCACUCCCACACCCACACCCGCCCCUGUUCUACAUCACCUCCACAGGAGGGAUGCUGCCACACAGACUGGGAGACACUCCAUUUCCCAGGGGCCUUUGCGUCUAAAGAAGGCCACAGAAACCACAGUUUCCAACAUGGGCUUGAACAUGAACCUGGUUUUCAUUGCUGCCUUUCUCCUGGUUGUGGUUGUCAUUGUGUGUGGAGCUGUGAUUUAUACAGUAAAGAGGCCAACAUUCAAAUACCAACCACUUCCAUCUACUGACUUCUGAGACACAGUUUUAUAACUCAUUAAACUCAUUAAAGUGAACACAUUCUAACCAAUCACAUUAAUGCAAAAUGUACCUUUUAUGAAUGAGGAAUGGCCUAAAAUCUUAAAAAUC